UUGUGCUUUCGGUCGUCUGUGUUGUUCUCCUCACUGUUUUACAGUCAGUGAUGUAAACAACUUAUCAUUUCACGUGUUUAUGAUCAUAUUUAUAACUGAAUUGUGUGUGAGAAAUGUGCUAGUUUUGUAUGUGGCGGCUAAGAGCACAGUUUCGGUAACAUUUAUGAGUGAAACGGUACCCCACGAUGUCUUUGCCGAUAAGCAUCCCGUUGCUGUUGGCGGCGACCGCGGUUUUGGCCGAAAUCGACAUGAACUUCAUAAAGUAUCCAGAAUCCGUAACGGCUCCUGUCGGUGACUCGGUAACCUUCGAGUGUGAAGUGGACGUACCGGCUGAGAAGUUGAUUUGGCGAACGCGACCCGUUGACGGCCCUGAAGGUAUCUGGGAAAAAGUGGUGACAGGAAAGGAAAAAUCCACUGAAGUCUCAAGUCGUCUGGCGGUCGAAGUGAAAGACGAUACACAAACUGCUUUUUAUCAGUGCGUAGUAUUGUACGGUUCAGUGAUAUUGGUAUCGGUACCAGCAAAGCUGAGUGUAGCGAGCCUGGAUUUAAGCAGGAACAGUCUUGAGAAACGCGUCAUCACUGCACCAUUGCAUAAUACUGUGGUUCUUCACUGCAAACAACCGCUGUCCGAUCCACCCGCUGACCUGACCUGGUGGAAAGAGAGUACAAAAGGUUCUAAGAAACCGAUAGAAACUCCUCAUGGUGUACUGGUGAUCCACAAUACGUCGUUAUCUGACAGCGGUACAUACGGCUGCAAGGCCACGAACAAACUCAGCUUGAAAGCUGCGGAUCUACCCGAGAAGACUGUGCUGAAGAUACAACGUGACGAUACCGGAGAAGUCAGAUUCGUGGAAUCGGAAGAUUAUGUAGGGGUCAAAGAUAAUGAUGUGCUAACGAUGCCAAUAAAGCCGAGAGGAACUUUAAGGUUGUAUUGCGGAGUGGUCGGAGUUCCUCCUCCGAAGAUCACUUGGACCAGGGAAGGAAGAACGCCGCUGCCAAAAAGACACGAUCAUGCGAUACUUACUAUUGCGAACAUUACCGCUGCCGAUGAAGGUAUUUAUUCGUGUUCAGCAAACGGCAUACGUAGGUCUUGGAAGGUGGUGGUGUUGCAGCCGCCCCGGUGGGAGGGCGUCGCCGCCAACGCCAAUGACACGGAGGGCAAGGGGGACAGUAUUAGCUGCGGCAACGCCGUCGGGUACCCCCAGCCCGAGGUCUACUGGGUGUUGAACGGAGAACGCGUCAGCACCGGUACCGGAGUCACCGCUACAGAUUCAGACCUGAAUAUCGAGCACCUAGAGAAGAAGCACGCCGGGAUAGUUCAGUGCUUCGCGUGCAACAAGCUCGGGUGUUCGUUCCUGGCGGCCAUGCUCACUGUCGUUCCGCUGCAGAUAUCGGACCAGGAUUAUUCAAUGGAAACGCCGAAAACUUUGCAAUCAUCAUCGCAACUUCCUAAACGUCAUAACAGGAAGAAUUCAAGGAAGCAGAAAGUUGUACCAGUGAUGGUGCCACCAUCGCGUCCUAACGUGACCCGCCUGUCCGACCAGAGUGUGAUGCUGUCCUGGACACAGCCACGAGAAGGACUUCCCAUAUUAUUUUUUAAGGUGCAGUACAAAGAAGCGACGAAUACGAGCAAAGAGUGGAAUACAUUGACGCAAGAAAUCCCUCCACACAUACAUUCUUAUGAAGUCGACGGUCUCACACCGGACAAGUACUAUAGAUUUCGAAUAGCAGCGGUGUACUCGAACCAAGACAACAAUCAGGGUCGGAGCAGUACGCGUUUCUUCCUGCAGAGCGGCGACUACAAAGGGCCCAGUGCACCUGUACUCACCAAAGUUGAAGCCACCUCGCCUCACAGCCUACAGUCAGAUUGGACGUGGUCUCGUGGUGAUGGUGCGGAGACAGAAGGGUUCUAUCUCUGUGUGCGUGCGGUGUCCUCUGCGGGAGCUUACGAGUGCGUGAGAGCUCCUGCAUCAGCUCGUUCGUUAGAGCUGCACCACUUCUCACCCGAUACUCAAUAUGAGUUGAAGCUCAGGGCGUACACAUUACAGGCCCCUUCUGAAUUCAGCGCUAUUAAGGUGGCAAAGACCCAGAAGCUAUCCAACGCGCCGACAUCGACGAGUCCAGCGCCGGUGUCGGAGGCGGGCGCGACGAGUGCGGGGGGCGCGGGGGGCGCGGGCGUGGCUCUGGGCGCGGCGCUGGGCGCGGGCGGCGUGCUGGUCGCCGCGCUGUUCGCCGCGCUCAUGUGUCGGCGAGCCAGGAGACUGCCUAAACACAAAGAGAACGCUUCAUCAUUGGAAGGCGGUGGGGCUAAUGCUUACAUUCCCGCCAAAGUUCCGAUCACUAUAACGUCAAACCCUAUGCAUUCAGAGGGAUCAGACCCUGGAGUAGAAAUGUCAUUUCUACACAACAAUAACACCGGGAACAAUGAUGACACACUACCGCAUUCGAGGAAAAAUGGACCGGCACCGCGGCAAUACGUAUGAGCAAUAAAAUUGACAUUAUUAUAAGUGUUGCUAUUGAUAAGAAUAUCUACUAUAAUAGUAGUGAUGACGAUAAAUGUGAAACAAAUCGCAGUUUUAGUAAAUGGAGUACCGGGGUUGCAACAGUACAAAAAUAUAUACAUAUUUAUAUUUAAUUUUCGGUUACAUUUUUACGGGAUAAAUAACUGUGAAAAUUACUGUUUAAAGACUUGGUUAUUAAAUUUAGUACUAACGCUAAGAUUUUAAUUUAUUUAGAAAAGAACUAGUUAAACAUGUUUUUAUAGAUCUGAAUUAAUAUUUGUAGCCAGCUCAGAGCUGAUUUUGUAUGUUAAGGGUUGCCAUGAUUCGGAGAAAAAAUUAAAACGCAAGGAAGGGCAAUGUACUUAAGGUAAUGUGUUAGAAAUAUGAAAAUAGAUAUUUACACUGCUAAGUAUUUCCUAAAUUUAUAAAUUUUUUGUUGUUAUUUUGAUUAUUAUUUUGUAUUUCUAAGGUUGUGACUCAAACAGGUAUUUACCCAGUGAAACUAAUUCAGAAUUUUUAUUUUAGUCCCAUUGGUACCAUGGUACUUAUUUUUGAUGUUUUCAUCAAGCAAUGAAAUAGACGCAAUAAUUGAGGUCGUCAGCGCAAAAGUAGCUUAAGCUUACCAUAGUUGGUAUGGAGAUAACGAGGCUUGAAUUUGCUUGUACACUGCUUCGUAGGCAAAAACAAUACGCGCAAAAAUAAUGUUUACAAAUCCAUUUGUUGAAAGGCCAGUUUUGCAUCAAAAUUUAUUAUGUUUUAAAUAAUGUAAUAAAUACGCAAGCCCGAAUAUGAAAAAUUUUGGGUUAAGCC